GCUCAGCUGCAUGCGCAUGCCAUGCACUGAAUGGACCGGUCAGCUUAAUAAACUUACAUAAUGUGAUGCAACUUUAUUUAACCUUCGUCAUAUUCAUUUAGUUGUGAAUUGGCAUAAAGGGUAUUUUGUCAUCUUUGGUCAAGAUCUGAGACUUUCGUGUAUUUUCUGGUAUCCUGUUAACUAGCAGUUUGUGCAACUACAAGUGCAACUACAAAACAGCACCGGUACCACACAGUCUUAAGCUAAGCCUACUUGUACAUACAUACCUGUGUCUUUGAUUGGAAAAAUGGCCAGCAGAAGCUUCAACGAGGAGAUGGAAUUUCUCGAGAGGAUGUCUGACUGUUGUUGGAGGAUAAAGAAAGGAUUUGUGCCUAACAUGCAGGUUGAAGGUCACUUCUAUGUCAACAAACAUUUAGAGACAUUAAUGUUGGAUGAGCUUCGCAACUCGUGCAGAAAUCAGGGAAUGGGAGGGUUUCUUCCCGGAGUGAAGCAGAUUGCAAACGUGGCAGCCUUGCCUGGUAUCGUUAAAGGAUCCAUUGGUCUACCUGAUCUCCACUCGGGCUAUGGCUUUGCAAUAGGCAAUAUGGCUGCCUUUGACAUGGGCAACCCGGAUUCUGUAGUGUCUCCAGGCGGUGUGGGAUUCGACAUCAACUGUGGCGUGCGUCUUAUCAGAACAAACUUGACGGAAAAAGAUGUCAACCCGGUUAAAGAGCAGUUAGCACAGUCUCUGUUUGAUCAUAUUCCUGUAGGGGUGGGCUCAAAAGGUGUAAUACCUAUGGGUGUAAAGGACCUGGAAGAAGCUCUGGAAAUGGGAAUGGACUGGUCAUUACGAGAAGGCUAUGCAUGGGCAGAAGACAAAGAACAUUGUGAAGAAUACGGACGAAUGCUUCAGGCUGACCCCACAAAGGUCAGCACACGAGCCAAGAAAAGAGGAUUACCGCAGGUUUGCACGCUAUGUUUUAUAUUCUGUAAUCAUUAUGCUGAGAUUCAAGUCGUGGAUGAAAUCUAUGACAACCAUACAGCACAGAAGAUGGGCAUCGAACGCAAGGGACAGGUGUGCGUCAUGGUCCAUAGUGGUAGUCGAGGUUUUGGACAUCAGGUAGCCACAGAUGCAUUAGUACAAAUGGAGAAGGCAAUGAAACGUGAUAAGAUCAUUGUAAACGACAGGCAGCUUGCGUGCGCACGUAUCCACUCACAAGAAGGUCAGGACUACUUGAAGGCGAUGGCCGCCGCUGCAAACUUUGCAUGGGUAAAUCGCUCAAGCAUGACAUUCCUCACAAGACAGGCAUUUGCAAAGCAGUUUCACUCGAAUCCUGACGAUCUUGACAUGCAUGUUAUCUAUGAUGUUUCACAUAAUAUCGCUAAAGUGGAAGAACAUAUGGUAGAUGGUGAGCAGAAGACGUUACUGGUCCAUCGCAAAGGCUCCACGCGUGCAUUCCCCCCGCAUCAUCCUCUAAUUCCAGUUGAUUACCAGUUAACAGGACAGCCAGUGUUGAUUGGAGGAACAAUGGGUACUUGCAGCUAUGUAUUGACAGGAACUUACAAAGGCAUGCAAGAAACCUUUGGCACAACAUGCCAUGGAGCGGGACGUGCAUUAUCACGGGCCAAGUCCCGACGGAAUAUUGACUAUCAGCAGGUUCUUGACAAGCUCUCUGGGCAGGGAAUCUCAAUCAGAGUUGCAUCACCGAAGUUGGUCAUGGAGGAGGCUCCAGAAUCAUACAAGAAUGUUACAGAUGUCGUGGACACGUGCCAUGCUGCCGGUAUCAGCAAGAAGGCGAUUAAGCUUCGUCCGAUCGCUGUCAUUAAAGGUUGAAGUUCAGCAAAAUGCAGAGUGCCAAAACUGAUGCUUAAACCGUGCACUCUCAUUUAGUGAACCGUGAAAAACUUCACUCGAUUCUUAAUUCAAGGAACGUUUAAUAAUUUGAAGAAAAAAAAACCUUUUUAGGAGGUAGUUCUCACUUCCUGUUUUGUUUAACCUUUGUUGUAAACAAGGACUAUUUUAUUAUUAGGGGAAGUCCCUUAUGAUGGUUAUUUAAACAUUUAGAUUUUGUUUUCAGGAAAAUAUUUAUAAGCACUAACCAGUGAUUAUAAUUCAUUGAUUAGAAUAGGAUAUAACACAAGCAGAGUGGCUAGACCAACUAUAUAACAAUCAAUUACAGUAGAACCUCUAUUAAGGAGAAAUC